GAUAGCUGCUUCCCUCGGACGUUCUUUACGAGGGCGGAGGAGCGCCGAGAAGAAAGAAGUAGGUUGGUCGCCUCAGGCCCCUUGAUCGUCUUCUGAUGCGAAGGUGAUGGGCGGUGUUAUCUCGUGUUUCUCUGAUGCUGAUGAAGCGGAUCGGAAGGAUCAGCGACGGCGGCCGGCGGGGAAUCACCUGCCGUCCUUGUCGGCGGAGGUGGCCGCGAUUGGUAUCGGCUCUGAAGAUAGGAUUAGCAAGGGACGUUCCAGGAGGAAGGGGAACGGAGAGGCGGUGCUGACUCACGAGCAGGCCCUGGCGGCUGCGCUCCUCUUGCAGCAGAAUGGGGGCGUCCCGGGGGAAUUGAACUUUGAUAGGUCGUCCUCUUUGAGGUUUCCUGGCCACGGGAAGAAGAGGCAAACUCUCCCUAGGAGUUCGAGCUCGAGGCCGCCGUCUCUAACAGAUCCGGUCUUGCAGCCCCAGCAACUCGUCAACCAGGGUCUAAAGAUUGAUAAUUUAGAAAUAAGGCAUUUUGUUCUCGUUCAUGGAGGUGGCUUUGGUGCAUGGUGCUGGUACAAAAGUAUUGCACUUCUAGAGGACAGUGGAUUCAAAGUCAGUGCUAUUGACCUCACUGGUUCUGGGAUUAGUUCAUUCAAUACAAAUAAAGUUUCCAGUAUUGCAGAAUAUGCAAAACCUCUUACAGGUUUCCUAGAAGCCCUUGGAGAUCUGGACAAGGUAAUUUUGGUUGGACAUGAUUUUGGUGGUGUUUGUGUGUCAUAUGCCAUGGAGGUUUUACCAUCUAAAGUUGGCAAAGCCAUUUUCAUCUGUGCAGCUAUGCCAACCACUGGCCAGAACAUUCUUGAUAUGUUCUCAGAAGAGGCAGGUAUGCUUGAUCUGAUGCGACAAGCACAAGUUUUUGUUUAUGGAAAUGGAAAGGAUCUCCCUCCUACUGCCAUUGAUCUGGACAAAUCUUUACUCAAAGAGUUGCUAUUCAACCAGUCUCCUUCUAAGGAUGUUGCCUUGGCUUUGGUUUCGAUAAGGUCUAUUCCCUUUGCUCCAGUGUUAGAGAAGCUUUCACUCACCGAGAAUUAUGGUUCAGUGAGGAGAUUUUUCAUAGAAACCACUGAAGACAAUGCAAUACCACUUCAGACACAGCAAAGGCUGUGUAAUGUCAAUCCUCCAGAGAGAGUUUUUCAGCUCAAAGGCUCAGAUCACUCCCCGUUCUUCUCUAAGCCGCUGACACUGCACAAAAUCUUGGUUGAGAUUGCAACAAUGCCAUCAAACUAGACAUAAAGCUGUCUAAUUGCCAUUGGCAACUUGCCUUCAUCAAACAACAAAGCCAUUGCUCAGCAUGCCAAAGACUGCGAGCAAGUUUUCUGAUUUCUCGGGUUCCUUCUUGUGGCUUAAUUUUUGCAACGUCAAUUGAAAUGGCAAGUGGGCCUUUGUCAUUGAGUCUUGCAUUUUACAUGUACCUGCUGACACCUCUAGUUCACACUCAAUUGAUGUAUUCUCAUUUCACAUAACUUUGGGUGUGCCAACGUUCCUAGAUCGAAUUGUUUCAGAGGCUGUUUUCAAUGGAAGAAAUAGUUGAUAAGAUAUCUAA